UGUCUUGCGGUAUUCAUUAGAUUUAAAACUCCCGUGGCUCAGUGACAUCCACGAGUGGCGGUGCUUUCAAAGAACACAGCAUUGCUUUCCAAAACUCACGAACCAAACGCGGACAGCUUGGCAGUUCUGUUCAGUUGAUUUGACCAGGCAAGCACACAACUCUCUUUGUCAAGACAAGCACCCGGCAUCUGACUGAUUGCAUUGCAUGACCCAAGAGAGAAUAAAUCAUAAUCAUCCCUCAUCAUCGACACAACAGCACCAUGAAGCUUCGUCUAUUGAUUGCCUCUCUGGUGGCAACCGCCGCACAGGCAGGGACACCUGAUAAUGUCUCUAGUAGAUUAAUGAUCCAUAUCCCACACAAUCUCUUUAAAGAACAAGGCUACGACCACCGCGAAGCUCUCUUUGGAGUCCCCCCCUACGGUGGAUCCAUCGCGCAAAAUGUCUACUACGCCAACUCGGAUCUCUGCGACGCCAACGUGGACACUCGUGGCGGCUACCCGGAACGCGAUACCGAGAAGGACGGCAAAAUGAAACCCUGGCAGUCUCCCUACAUUCUCAUGGUCGACCGCGGUGGCUGUACGUUUGUCCAAAAAGUCCGCAACGCCCAACGCUCGGGAGCCGCUGGUGUCGUCAUUGCCGACAAUACCUGCCUCUGUAACGACAAUGAAUGUACCACCGAAAAUCAAGGCGCCUGCGAAACCACCGAACCCAUCAUGGCUGAUGAUGGUUCUGGUGCCGACAUUUCCAUCCCUUCCUUUCUCAUGUUCAAGCGUGAUGCCGACAAAGUCAAGAACGAACUCACACAAAACCGGCCCGUUCAAAUUGAAAUGGCAUGGUCCUUGCCCAGUCCCGAUGAUCGCGUCGAAUACGAUCUCUGGACCGUUCCCACUGAUGCCGUCAGUCGCGAAUUCUUGAAAAGCUUCAAGGUCGUGGCGGAAGCUUUGGGAGAACGCGCCUACUUUACGCCCCACAUGUACAUUUACGACGGUGUCCGCUCGCACUGCCAAGGCAACGACGGAGAAAACUUUUGCUACAACCUUUGCACGAAUAAUGGGCGCUAUUGCGCAACUGACCCUGACAAUGACUUGGACCACGGAAUUUCGGGAGCCGAUGUCGUGAAAGAAUCCUUGCGUCGUUUGUGUGUCUGGAAAGACUACGGAGCCAAGGAUGGUGUUGGAUCCAUCUGGUGGGACUAUGUUCGCGAAUUCAUGGACCGCUGCUCUUCCGCCGACUAUUUUGCCAAUGAUGACUGCGUCCGGGAUGCCUACAAGCAUGCCAAGGUCGACGGCGAUUUGAUUGAGCGUUGCAUGCAAGACAGUGGAGGUUUGGAGAAGGACUCUGGAAAUGCCUUUUUGGAUAUUGAAAUUGAAUCACAGGCACAGCGUGGUGUUGUGGUCGUCCCCACGGCUUUUGUCAACACGGCUGCCAUUCGUGGUUCCUUGACCGUUUCCAAUGUGUUCACCGCCAUUUGCGCUGGAUUCGUCCAGGGAACCGUCCCCUCUAUUUGCACCAUGUGCUCCCAGUGCGCCGAUCCCGUCUCGUGCAUUGAAAAGAAGGGACGAUGCCACGCUCACAAGGGAGAGGAGAGCAAGGGAGGCGUCUCGACCCACACAUUCUUCACUUCCAUGCUCUUUGUCAUUUGCGUCUUUGGAGGAUUGGGUGCCUGGCACUACAAAAAGACCAGAGAGGAAAUGAGGGAACAAGUCCGAGGAAUCUUGGCAGAGUACAUGCCUUUGGAAGAUCAGGAGGGAAACAACGGUAUGAUGAUGGGUGGAUCUCCCAUGAAUUUUGCCAUGGGUGGGCAGAAGACGUCUCUCAUCGGAUAAGUAAGAUGCGGCGGAUGGAUGAAUGGAAGUUUAAAAAGAAAAAAGGUGGGCAAGCGCUACUCGGAAUGGAAUUUCGGGAUAGCGUGAAGGUGCUCUGUUCAAGAAACGAAAAUAUAGAAAGAAAAAAUGAGGAAGGAGAUCCUGUCCUUGGUAUUAAUCAAUCCAUAGUUUAAUUUAAAAAGUUGGCUUUUCAC